GGGAGUUUUCUACGACUUUGUGAUAGUGGUGAGGAAUCCUAGUGGGCAAACGGCUAGGAUGCGUUGCUCCUUUAGGUAAGAUGAAGGAUUGAUGAAGCUUUAUAUUAGGUGGAAGACAAAAUUAUUAACUGUAAUUGUUAGGGCAACGAAUGCCACAACACCCUUUGGUGAAAUAUUCCCGGGAGCGCCAUCCCUACUAACUAUAUCCGAAUCAGCUCCAAGGAAUACCGAAUUGGGGACUCUGAUCGCAAAGGGAGAUAAAACCAAAGAAAGGCCAGUCCUUUUGGAAGUGUGGGGAUCCCCCAAAUUCACUCUGCGUCAAAGAAUCGUACAAGAGAGAAGCUCAGAAGGGACUUUACUUCUUUCAGGUCAAUUGGAUUACGAAACCACUAAUUUAUACUAUCUUUCCAUAUUGGCAAAUGAUGUUUGGACUGAACCGGGAAACGACACAAGAAACAUUGUAGGAUGGCCAUUAGUAGUAGCCGUUUUGGAUGAACAAGACACUCCACCGGUCUUUACCCUGGCACCCCCUGUGACCGAACUGCAUUCUGACCUUCACCCGGGAGACCUAGUUAUGAAAGUACGCGCAGAAGAUGGAGAUCGGGGAAAUCCGAGGGAUAUCCGGUAUGGAUUACUUCCAGAAGAAAAUCCGUUUGCUUCCUUUUUCGUUUUAUCGGAAAAUGCAGGUGAGCUACGUUUAGCUCGACCGCUGGUCGAACUUCAAGCCCGAACCGACGGUCAGUCUCCAAUAGUUCUUUCCAUUAUUGCUGAAGAAAUACGCACAAACGCUAAGGAACCCGCUGCUCAAUCAACAACUGUUAAAGUUGCCCUAAUUCCUCCCCCUCCGGUCUGGGAUAUCCCACAUUUCAGCAAUUCCCGCUUUACGACCAGAUUGGAGGAAAACUCUCCACCUGGAACCAGCCUCAAUCUUUCUUCUAUCGAACUUAUAGUUCAGCCAGGGGAAGUCCUCACUCUCGAGUUGGAUAACAAUAACGGGACAUUCGAAGUCACCCCUUCGGUUAUCGAGAAUCGAUCCAAAUUUAACAUCGUCGUUCGCGAUAAUCACCUGUUGGAUUAUGAGUCCAGAAGAUCGGUCGAAUGUGUGAUAGUUGCCAGAGAGUUUAAGACGGGGAAUCACUCAGUUUCAGCGAAAUUGGUGAUAUUCCUGGUGGAUGUUAAUGACAAUCCGCCGGUGUUUGACGAAGCAGAAUACAAAGCGGAAGUGGUAGAGAAUGCGGAUGUCGGAACAACAGUUAUUCACGUUCGUGCAACUGAUGUGGAUACUGGAUUGGGCGGGACAGUUAGAUACGUAGAAUUGUUAGGUCCCGGAAGCGAAUUCUUCCGAUUGGAUCCAACUUCCGGACUUGUAUCUGUUGCCGAUUCUAAAGGUCUCGAUGCCGAACGUACCGAGUUCUUUAUUUUCACAGUUGAAGCAGCUGAUGAAGACGGUGAAGGUCUAAAAGCAACCACUCAGCUGUCUUUACAUUUAUUAGAUGUAAACGAUGAAAUUCCAAAAUUUGAGAAAGAACUCUACGAAUUCAUAGUCGACACCCAAAAGCAACGUUUCACUUCGACGGCAUUCAUAAAAGCUGUAGAUUUAGACGUGACCUCCCCUAACAACGAAGUGCAUUAUGAACUUAUUCCCUCAAGUGAUAACGUUACCCUAGACUCCAACACGGGCGAAUUAACACUAAGGGGAUCUUGGGGUACAACUGAGCUGGUGGUUCUAAAAGCCAGGGCUUACGAUGGAGGAGUUCCAAGACUGUGGAGCGAUACUGAGGUCAGGAUUUAUCCCCCUGACAGUAGAACAUACCCUGUGACAUUCAUUGUUCCUGGAAUAAAUCAAAACCCCGAAAGUAUCGAACAAAAGUUGAGAACUCUAACUGGGGGGGAUGUUGCAAUAAAAGACAUCCAACCUUAUACAGACUAUAACACGAACGAUAGAUCUAAAAAGAGUCUUGUUACUGCCUCUAUAAGGUACCCCGCAAACGCCUUUGUGGAUAUUGAUCGAAUUCAAAGACUUUUUUCUCGAACAGUCAACGAGAAAGAUGUCGAAAUUCAAAGAGCUGGAGCAUCAGAUAACUUGUGGUGGUUGUUUCUGAUUCUGACUUUGCUAUUGUUGCUCGCAAUCGUUCUUCUCUUGUGCUGUUUUUGCGAGCCCUGUCCACUGUACGUUCCGCCAAACAAACGAAAAAUUGUUGCCUCCGAAACCGUCCAAAAAAACGUGCAAGACGCGGGAAAUGGAAACGAAAACAAAUCAGUCCAAGUAGCUGAAUGGUUUGGAAGAAGAGAAGCGUGGUCUCCAGAAGGUGUUAUAGUCGAUAACGAAGUGGAUUCCCUGAGACGUCACGAAAUGGAGCGGGGCUCCGACAGGGACCUCAGAAGAAAAGUGGCACACAAAAGGGAAUCAUUGGAUAGGGACCAUCUUUAUAUUCGUGAAGGUAACGCUGACAUAUUGAGAUUGAUAACCAGAGGGGGUGAACAACAAGCCCAAAGACAAUACUUCGUAGACAAUCAAAAUAAUUUAGUUGAUAGCGGUAAAGAUAUUCUUCUAAAGAGAUUUAUGGAUCAACAAGGAACUUCCCAUCAAGUGAAGGUUGGAACGUUGCCCCAUGAAUCCCACAGGGCGUACGAAGGCCAAGAAAACUUGGAAGCUGUCCUGAGACAGCAGAAUAGUCUCUUGAGGCAAAUAAUCCUAGAAAGAGAACGGGAAGUUCGCUUAGAGACCCAGUCUCUGCCAGCUGGAACUCAAACUGACAGGAAUGCUGGAACGCAAACAGAGGAACUGUAUAUAUUACGUCCUCCUCAAAGAAAAAUUUACUCAGAUAACGACGCCAGUGAUGGCAGUGAAGCAGAAGAGGAAAUUCUUUUGACCAGGCUACGGGGUAGGAAAAAGAAGGAGAGAAGACGUCGUGCAUUGGAGAUUAGAAGAAAAAUUACAACUCCAAUACGUGAAGAAUCUGAAGAGUAUAUUGAACCAAUUGAAGCACAAGGGGUGUUCAGAAGCACUGACAAUUUGAGAGGGAGGGUUUUGAAAGAGAUUCUUCUAAAUGGGAUAUCCAGGACGGACGUUUCAAAGUUGGGAAUCAACAAGGAAAUUCUAACUGAAAUAUUCAAUUCGUUGGACGCAAGCGAAUCUACUGAAAAGGAUCAAUCGCAGCAGAAAAGGAAUAGAAAGGAUAAUGGCGAAUACUCCAGUGAUAGUUUGGAAGAAGGAGACCACCGUCCAAGGAAGAGCAAAAUCAGAUUUUCUAAGCAGGCUCAAAAAUACAGAUCUGAGACAGAUCUAUCGAAAAUGUCCGAAGCCAAAUCGCAGUUGAAAGCGAAAUCUCAAAGUAAUUUAGAUUUAUCGGAGGAAAAGGUGAAAACCAAAAGUAAAAGGGGAGCCUCCAGGUAUAUGGAAUGGUACAAUAAGUCGAAAAGGCCGGGCAUCACCAGAAAUAAGGAAGAAGACUCCAAGUCUGUGAAAGUGGUGGAUCCACUACUAAAACAAGCAAAACCGAAGGGUGGGAUUUCAGAAUCUUCUGGAACCAGUUCGAGUAAGAGUUCCAGGAAGCAAAGACAUCCUUUAAUUCAACAUUCAGAACAUCGUUUCGAACCGAGGAGAAAUGAUGAAGAUGUAGAUUCUGGAAUUGUUCUUGCAAAGCCUCCAAUUACUCAAAGGAAAAGCAUAUUUUCUAUAGCUUAUGAGGACAUAGGAACGAAACAAUUACUGCCUGAUAGUAGUACCCCAACUUGAAAUUUAUUAAAUUUUUUAAAAACAUACCUAUCUCCAUUUUGAUUUCUUUUUCAUUGUACAAGUAUACAGUAUGUAUAACAUUUGUUAAGCAUUACAACGAAAACAUUUUUAUACCAAUAACUGUAAGUCUAAUAAGUUAAAAUAAAGAAUUCACAUUUGUUUAAAAUUAUUUCUUCAUUUGUGACACACUGUAUUUAAUGUAAUUGUAAGCAGGUAUGUGAAAUAUGACGUAACUAUGGUUUGUUUUGAUUGCACACCUUUAAUUAAAUAGACGUCAUGAUGCAACCUACAACAAGGAAAUCAAUAUACAAUCAAAACAGUGCAUUAAUAUAGGAUAAACAAUUUAAUAAAUUGUUAUAAUUAGUGAAAAGGUGCAGCAAUAAUAACUG